AGCAGCGUUGCCAGAUCGAAAGCCAAUCAAUAGGGCAAAAGCAAAAGGAAAAGCAAAUACAUCAGACCAGAAAAAAGAAAAUAGCAAUUUAUAGUGAGUUAUAAUGGCAGCGCCGAUGCAACACGAGGAUCUGUUGAAGCUGAAGAGCUUCAUCGAGUUUGUGGACUCGAAUCCCACAGUCCUGAACAUGCCGCAGCUGCAGUUCGUGAAGGAUUUUGUGGAGAAGUUCGGGGGCACGGUGCCGGCUGGCGAUUUCAAGAUGCCCGACGCCUCCGCCGGAGGAAAGUGCCCAUUUGGUGGCGAUGCUGGUGCAAAGGCCAAGAAGCCGGCUUCUGGAAACGCCGAUCCAGCCGACAGCAAGUCGCCUGAGGACAGCGAGGACGAAGAGUCCCUUUCCGAACCCGAAUCGGACGUGGAACUGGACAUGGAGGGUGUUAUCGAGGCGGACAGCGAUCCCGCCCAGCCGAUGGGCGACUCGGCCAAGGAGCCCACCGAGGAGGAGGUGGACCAGGCCGGCGAUCUGCGCGCCCAGGCCGCUUCUGCCUACGGCCAGCAGAAGUUCGACGAGGCCAUCGCCUUCUACACGAAGGCCAUCGAGCUGAAUCCGGGCAACGCGCUCUUCCACGCCAAACGCGGCCAGGCCUUCCUCAAGCUGAAGAAGCCGAAUGCCUGCAUCCGCGACUGCGACAAGGCCCUGGAGCUGAACUGCGACUCGGCGGCCGCCUACAAGUUCCGGGGACGUGCCCGCCGCCUGCUCGGCGACUUCGAGCUGGCCGCCAAGGAUCUGCGGCAGGCGUGCAAGCUGGACUUCGACGAGGAGACGGACGAGUGGCUCAAGGAGGUGACCCCCAAUGCCAAGAAGAUCGAGCAACACCGCGUCAAGCAGGAGCGUCGCCAGGCGGAGCGCAAGAUCAAGGAGCGCCAGCGGGCGCAGAGGCGCGCUCGCAAGGAGCAGGCCAAGCAGAGCGCUAGUUCUGGGGGCUCAGCUGGCGGAUUCCCCGGCGGGUUCCCAGGUGGCUUCCCCGGCGGAUUCCCUGGUGGAUUCCCCGGCGCAGCUGGCGGCGGCGGCAUGCCAGGCGGCGGCAUGCCAGGCGGCGUUGACAUGGCCGAUUUGAUGGGCGCCAUGAAGGAUCCCGAGGUGGCUGCUGCCAUGCAGGACAUCCUUGGCAAUCCGGCCAACAUCACAAAGUACGUGUCCAACCCAAAGAUCUUCAACCUGAUCAAGAAGUUCGUGCCCGGCGGCGAUGUAGGAGCUGCUUUUGCCCAGGCGGAGGAGAAAUCGGAGGAGCCGAGCGAGCCCAAGACCAAGAAGGGAUCCGCCGACUUCGUGGACGAUGGCUUGGACUAAGGACAACCAGGGAUCCCAGGGACUCCAUAUAGGGAACACACACACGACACAUGCGCGGCGAUGAAAAUGAGUUUGCAAAUCACACACACACACACACACGAAACAGAGCGAGAUAAAAACAACGGCAAACAAAGAGAGAGCGAGGGAGAGCGAUGAGCGAUGAGUAGAGGCGGGGAAUCAAUAAAAAAAAAAAAAAGGAAAAGAAAAGAAAAGAAGAAGGAAAAGCUGCUGCCUUACACAUUUUCCAGCUUGCAAUUAACUGGAACAUUUAUCUUAAAUCACACUUCAAAAAAAAUCAAGGAUUGGCGAACCAGAUAAUAUAUAUAUACAUACAAGCAGUCAGAAGCAAAACAAGAGAAGAAGAGAAGAGAUGAUGGUGAUGAUGGCCCAACACAUUUUACAACAGCUUUUUCUUCACCAUUAAGCCACUGAUGAAAACACAACAAAGAGCUAGAGUACAUUUUAAAGCUUUUUUUCAAUUUUCACACAAGAAGAUCAGCAAGUGUCCUGUAAAGAAACCAACUACGAAUGUUUCCUUACUAACAUUUAAAGGUCUAAAGUCAAGUCUGUCGAUCGAUCUAGUUGAACUAAAGCUCGAUAAGAAACCAAAACAAAACAAAAGAAAAGAAAUAAAAAUAUAUAUAAAUAAUUAGCCUUAAUUAACGAUACUCGGAGACAUCAAUUAUAACAGGUCGAAAAAACGGAAAAAAACGGAGCAAACUAAUCACACCAUUUUGUCAAACAAAAUUGUACUGAGUAGGAUUUGAGUAAUAUAUAUUGUACUAAGCAAAUGCAUUUAGCCACUCGAAAAGCAAACAUUCGCCCACUCAUAUUCACAACAUAUACAAUAUAUUCACAUACACAUUUAUUCACGGCCUGCAGCCGACAAGUCGAGCAUUCAUUCAACCGUGAUCAAUGGAAUUAAAUAAACGAGAAUCCGAAGUGCUAA